UCGCGUCUUCCCCACGAAAAAUUGAAAAUUCAGAAACUUUGAAUAUUGAAUAAUACACCCGUCGAAAACACAGAGAGACAGACACGAAUGGUGGCCUCGAGACACGGCCUGCCUUCAUGGAUGAGCACAGCAGCUAGCAGAGUUGAUUUUGAAGGAAACGUAGAUACCAUGUUCAAGGAUGGCAAAGAACAGCGAAAGCAGCACCAUGCCAUGCGCGUAUCUGAUGCCAAUUUGGGUUUUGGAGAGAGGGCUCUCUCUGCUGCUGGCGCCGCUUUUGUCUCUGCGAUUCUCGUUAACCCUCUUGAUGUUGCCAAGACAAGGUUACAAGCGCAGGCUGCUGGAGUUCCUUAUCAGGGUCUAUGUGGUGUGGCAUGUUUUGAAACAAACACAAUGCUUCCAGAUUUGAGAUCUUCCACACCACGCACAAGUUCAGUACUUGGAUCCAAGAUCGUCUGCCCUCCAGAGUGUAACCAGUAUAAAGGAACACUGGAUGUGUUGCUCAAAGUCAUACGUCAGGAAUAAAUUGGUGCAGGAAGGAUUUUGGAGACUCUGGAGGGGCACUACUGCAAGCUUAACAUUGGCCAUACCAACUGUGGGGAUCUACAUGCCUUGCUAUGACAUUUUCCGCAAUUUGAUGGAAGAUUUCACAACUCAGAAUGCUCCAAAUAUGACACCAUAUGUCCCAUUAGUUGCAGGGUCACUAGCACGAUCAUUAGCUUGCAUCUCUUGUUACCCUGUUGAACUCGCAAGGACGCGCAUGCAGGCAUUUAAGGAAGCCCGAGCUGGAGUGAAGCCUCCAGGAGUUUGGGGGACACUGAAUGGGGUCAUCAACCCUGUGAAGAGCAAUAACCUCCUUCAAAACUUACAAAACUCUCGCAUCUUGUGGACUGGCCUCGGGGCACAACUUGCUCGUGAUGUUCCUUUUUCUGCAAUAUGUUGGUCAACCCUUGAGCCAAUCAGGCGAAGAAUUCUUGGUCUUGUGGGUGAUGAAGCCAACGCAGCCAGUGUCCUUGGAGCUAAUUUCUCUGCUGGGUUUGUUGCAGGAAGCCUUGCAGCUGCUGCUACAUGUCCAUUAGAUGUGGCAAAAACUCGACGACAGAUAGAGAAGGAUCCUGCAAGGGCAUUGAAGAUGACAACAAGAACAACUUUGCUUGAAAUUUGGAGGGAUGGAGGGAUGAAGGGGCUGUUUAUGGGAGUUGCUCCUCGUGUUGGUAGGGCCGGUCCUUCUGUUGGGAUAGUCGUCUCCUCUUAUGAAGUUGUCAAGUACUUUUUAUAUUAUAGACUUCUGACUCAAUGAUUAAACGUGACACAUUCGUUGAUUGUGGUUUUGGGAUUGUGGUUUACUUGUACAAAGCUUACAAGGUUUUCAAUCAGACACCUACCUUGAGAGGGGGGAAAUCACAAAUUAUGAGAUUUCCUUUGUGGGAAUCACAAUGUUCCUGUCAUGGUGGUGGAGAAAGGCUGCAAAAGCACAGAACACAGCAAUUUUGGAGAAUAAAAGAUUGUCUUCAUGGAUCCCGGGAAUGCCAGGAUUUAAAGUUUUUCCCUUCUAAACAUUCAGUCUUUGAUUGCAGCACAGUAGUGGAAA